GGUUCUAUUCCCCUUGUUAUUGGGAGGCUUAAGAAGCUAGAGAUAUUUAAUGCUCAUUAUAAUUAUUUUCUCUCUGGGCCUAUUCCCUUUCUAUUGGAAAUUUGACAAUGCUAACCCAACUUUAUUUAAAUAGGAACAAUCUUCAGGGCAACAUUCCUCCAAGUCUAGUUAAUUACAAAAGUUUGGUUGCAUUGUCUUUUUCUGAUAACAAUCUAAGUGGAUCUGUACCCCCUGAAAUAAUUGGACUCUCAUCAUUGUCCAUUGUUUUAGACUUAUCAUCCAACUAUUUAACUGGUGUACUUCCUGUUGAAGUAGGAAAUCUGAAAAAUCUAGGUAUGUUGGAUGUUUCUCAUAAUAGUUUAUCUGGUUUGCUUCCAAACAAUCUUGGUAGCUGUGUAAGAUUGGAGUACCUUUUCUUGGAUGGCAAUUUGUUUGAAGGGCCCAUUCCUUCGUCUUUGAGUUCAUUGAGGGGUCUUGUGGCAUUAGACAUAUCUGAUAAUAAUCUUACUGGUGAGAUUCCAGAAUUUCUUCUGAGCUUUGGGUCAUUAGAGUAUUUAAAUCUAUCUUUCAAUGAUUUUGAGGGUAUGAAACCAAUUGAAGGAGUCUUUAAGAAUGCAACUGCUACAUUCGUUGAGGGAAAUAGCAAGCUUUGUGGAGGCAUCCCCGAGUACAGUUGUCCAGAUGCAACUCGAAAGAAUCCAACAGAAGAUCAAACACUUCUUUCAAAUUAAAAAUUACAAUUGUUUUUGUGAUUUUA